AGUUGGUGGAGUUGGUGGAGUUUGGUGGAGUUGGUGGUGCCCUUUGCGAUUUCGUUGUAUCUAGUGAGCUGUGUGUGGAUUUUGUGUUUGAUUGGUUUGUGUGUGAGCUUGUGUGUGUGUGUGUGUGUGUGUGUGUGUGUGUGUCUAGAUCAGUGUGUGUUUGGGAGGAGCGUUGCUUGUGUUUGUGAGUUGAGUUUUAAGUUUACUUGCGUGUGAGUAACUUUGUGUUGUGUGUGGGUGUGUGUGUGUAGGUAUACCCGUGGGUGACUCUAAGUGCACCUGUGUGUUUGUGACCGAGUGUGUGAGAGUGUGUGUGUGUGAGCACACAAGAGUGUGUGUAGGUGCACGUGUAGCAGGUGUGAGAACAUCUGUUGUGUUGAGGCCGUCAGUCAGCUUGGCCAUUGUUUCUAAGGUAGCAUUUAUACUUGGUUACCUCAAAUGGGCCCUGGGAGUCAACAGAAGUCAGAAAAGCUCAGAUCCAAGUCCCCUUUGGCUGACAUGGAUGGUUUGCAUGCUCAAUAUGUGAUGCUAGAGACUAUCGGCCAUGGAGGCUGUGCCACAGUGAAGCUGGCCCAGCACCGCCUCACAGGCACUCACGUGGCUGUCAAAACGAUUCGAAAGAGGGAGUAUUGGUGCAACCGUGUCAUUUCUGAGGUAGAGUUACUGAUGAUGGCCGAUCAUCCGAAUAUCAUCUCUCUCCUUCAAGUCAUUGAGACCAAGAAGAAAGUAUACCUCAUUAUGGAGUUGUGCAAGGGUAAAUCACUUUACCAACACAUCCGAAAAGCUGGCUACCUGCAGGAGCAUGAAGCACGCGCAUUAUUCAAGCAGCUCUUAAGUGCUAUGAACUACUGCCACAACCAGGGUAUAGUUCACAGGGACCUGAAACCGGACAAUAUCAUGGUUGAAAAAGAUGGGAAAGUGAAGAUCAUUGAUUUUGGACUCGGCACCAAAGUGAAGCCAGGGCAAAAACUCAACUUAUUCUGUGGGACUUACCCAUUUAGUGCUCCUGAGGUGCUCCUUAGCACACCCUAUGAUGGGCCCAAGAUCGAUGUAUGGACUCUUGGAGUUGUGCUGUAUUUUAUGGUAACUGGAAAGAUCCCGUUUGAUGCUUGCAGCAUAAAAAAGCUGGUAAAGCGAAUUCUUGCAGGAAAGUAUUCUAUUCCCUCUAGACUGUCAGCAGAGCUCCAAGACCUGCUUAGUCUUUUAAUGACGGCCAACCCCAAACUCAGGCCCACUGUUGCUGAGGUUAUGGUGCAUCCCUGGGUCACAGAAGGCUCAGGGGUGUUCCCAGAUCCUUGUGAAGAACAGACCCCCCUCAAGCCAGACCCUGCAAUUGUAAAAGCAAUGGGACAUAUCGGGUUCCAAGCUCAAGAUAUUGAAGAUUCGUUACGUCAGAGAAAAUUCAACCAAACCAUGGCGUCUUAUUGUCUACUGAAAAAACAGAUUCUUAAGGAAUGUGACAGGCCAACCCGGGCUAGGCCCGUGAACCCAUCGGUGACCCCAUUCCCUUCCCUUGUUGAUACUGCUACUACCCGUCUCGGACUUCGCAGGAGAGAGAAUGAACCCACAUGUCCCUGGUCAUCCGCCAAUAGGCAAGUGUCUGUCUGUGGCAAGAGUACUAGUAAGAAAAGAGACAGAAGAGUCAGUUGGCCCAGUGUUCUCGGCAGGCCACGCCACACGGCACCCACAAUGGACCACACACGCACCCGUACUAGGAGUGUACCCUGCAUUUGCUCAAUGUUUUGCACAGUCCAGCCAAACAGCAGCGAAGAGAGCACACAAGGCCACACCAGAGCCUCAGCAGCAGAUAAGCCUGUCCACAGCAGGGGCUGGCCCAGAGGCAUCAAGGGCUGGACGAGGAUGAUAGGAAAUGCGAUGAGGAAGCUCUGUUGCUGUAUCCCAUCCAAAGAGACAUCUCACCUGGGGCAGAACAGAGUCUCCCCCAAAAAAUAAGACACAGGAAGGGUGUCAGGAGAACAAGCAUCCGGCACGGCCCAGGUACAUUUCUGCAUUUGAAUGUAUCUAUGUUACUCAUGUCUGUGUCAACUGGCAGAUGAUACUUAUGUAUAUGGUGCAAAGCAUGGGGAAGCUAGGUGUAGACACCGUGGGAUGAUGGGUAAAUCGAACCUGCCAACAGACCUAGCAUCCCAGAAGGUAUCUCCUGCGUGUAUCCUGCAUGUUGAACAAGGAGGGGAACUGACCAUGCUAGGGGGAGGAAGUGGGAGAAGGAAGAGGAGGAGAUGCUGAGGGAGGAGAGGAUGGUAUGUGAUGGGAGCUAGGAGAUGGGGGGAAGAGGUUGAGACAGGAGGAGGCAACUUGGGGGAGCAGUGUGAAACAGGGUAACCACAGCUGGAGAGAUGCCCUGUGCAGCUGAGGUUCUCAGAGUCCCUCUCACGUGUGCUUUGCAUUUUAGAAGAUCACCAGAGGAUGCCGGAUGCUACGAUUCUACAGUUAUAGUAUUGGAAAGGACCCGUGUAUAGACACGGACCUGAAAAAGGGAACCUUGUGGAAAGGCAUCAUGUUCUGGGUUCAGCGUGCUUCACUCAGAGCCCCCAGUCCAGCCAGGGGGCAAGAAAGCAAAUGAUGAAAUCCCAGAUGGGCUCUGGGAUCACCAUUCAGAGAAGUGGCUUAAAGCAUGUCCAAAGCUGAUAGAGACAGCCCCUCUGCCUGCCCAAGCUCAUAAUCAGACUCCUCCUCUGAGAAUAAAAUAGAUGUUUGUGAAA